CGCCGCGCCGGGGGUACCAGACCACUAGCACCAAAGGUGUGGCGCCGCCGCCAGCUUCCACACACGCCUCCUCCCUCCCCACCCCAGCGCCCGCGCCCGCCACCGUCGCCUUCCCAAAACUAGGCGCUCGAUUCCAUUGCCUUGUGCGCUGCAGCGACCCCGCUCCCGUUCCCGCGCGGUGCUACUCGGCUCCCCUGCCAGCUCCCCCGGCCUUCUCUGCAGUCCGCAGCGGUCCGUGUCGCAGCCGCUAGGGUUUCGGAAGCUCGAGGCGGGGCAGCAUGACGACGCGGGGAGCCAAGCGCGCCGCCAACUCCGAACCGGGCGCCCCCGAUGUACGCAUCUCCUGUCUUUCCCCCCUCGCGAGCUACCAAGUAAGAGAGUAAUGGACGGACCCUCUUUUGAUGUUCACAGGGCGGAGUCUUCCCAUCAGCAUGUGAUGGCAGGACCCGCUACUUUAGAUCCUCGACGGGCUGAGGCUGCCAGCAAACAUGUCAGGGCACUCAAUAACCAGUUUGCGAGCUGGGUUCAAUUGCAGCUGCAAAAUCAUCCAGCUGAACUUUGGGAGGAUGGUAUCAAAGAUUACUUAUCCCAUGCUUCUGAAAUCAUGGAAAAAUUCAAGGAUGUUGUCAACUGGCUUAGACAAAAUCAAGCAGGUUCAAAAGCUGUUUCAUCCCCAAGUCCACAAAAGGAUGAGAAGACUAACCCACCGGCAGCAGAUGAUAGCAAUCUCUUGGUGCAGCCAAGUUCAGAUAACACACAGAAGGCACCAGUGAUGGUGUCUAGUUCUUCAGCUUUUCAGAGCUCAAGCUCACCGGCACCAAACCUCUUUUCGUUUCCUUCUAAGUCACAAAUGCCAGAUUUCAGUGGUAUGUCUGGUGAUAAGAAGAACACAUCCGGUGACAGCAGUAAACUGGCUUUCCAGUUCGGUGGGAAUAAUGUCAUUUUUGGUGAUAAGAAGAACACAUCUGGUGAUAGCAGUAAACCACCUUUCCAGUUUGGUGCAAAUAAUGGCAUAUUUGGUGACAAGAAGAAUACGCCUGGUGACAGCAGUAAACCAACUUUCCAGUUUGGUGUAAAUAAUGGCUUUUCGGCAUCAAGUGCACCAUCAUUAUUCUCUACUUUAGCUGCCCAAAGUUUUAGCUCACAGUCUCCACCUCUGUUUUCAAUGAAUCAACAAUCAGUUCUCUCAGGAAAUCAAAAUGCUUCUGAAGCUUCAGCUGAUGCAGAUGAAGAUGCUGAACCUGAGAAACCAAGCAGCCCUUCUGUAAAGAAGGCAGAAGAGAAAGGAAUAGUUGUUGUUCAUGAAGCCAAGUGCAAGGUGUAUGUGAAGCAUGAUGAUGCUACCAAGGGUUGGAAAGACAUUGGUGUCGGUCAACUCUCUAUCAGAAGUAAAGAAGGUGCAGAGAAAGCUUCCAAAGAGUCCACUCCGACCAUUGUUAUUAGAAACGAUGUCGGUAAAAUUCUCCUGAAUGCUCUGAUCUACAAAGGCAUAAAAAUGAAUGUUCAGAAGAACACAGUUGCUUCGAUUUUUCAUACUUCGGAUACACAAUCAGAUGAAUCAAGCAGUGGUGCAGUUGUAGCUCGGGCGUACUUGUUCAGGUUGAAAAAUGAGGAGGCGGCUACAAAGCUGUCAACAGCAAUCAAAGAUAGCGCGCCCUCUGACUGAUUCUUUCUUGCAGCUUGGAUUACCGUCUCACGACGUUGCACAAGUUGUAAUAGUAGAGGGUAGCACCACCAAUGGCCUCUGCAGCAGGCCAAAAGAUGCCUUGCAGAGUUCUUUUUUGCCUAUAUAGUUACGCCAGGAUGAAUAUUUCUUGCCUGUAACUUGUAACGUGUAAGGCUAUGUAUUAGUAUCUUUUUUUCUCCUCACGUUAUGUAUCGUAUAUUGAACAUUGAUAAGGUUAUUGAGCAUGCUUUGAGCUUCAUCACCAAUGGAGCGGCAAUGAUUCAAAUAUGGGAUGAAUAA